AUGUCUAUCUCAUUGCUCAAAAGGUAUCUACCGAUAUCACUGGCACUCCUUCUCUUCUACGGCAGCGCCUCGCGAUUUACCCAUGGCGCAACAUCAACAGCAUCUUUCUAUCAAUAUCAAAAUGAUCGAAGUCCCGAUGAUGGGUCAACUCUUUCCCGUGUCAUCCCUGUCUUCGAUGUUAUCGUUGGAACUACCAUUCUACAACAAGGACUGUCACGCAAAGUUGCAACAUGCUUUGUGGCAUCGACCAUCACCAGUGUAGCUUUUCAGCGUUACUUGGGUGGCUUGGAUUGUCAAGGGGACUUUCUACAGGGUAUUUGGGCGACUGCUGCAGCGAUUGCGACUCUGAUAUGA